AUGCCGAGUCCGACCUUCCUGAGUUCUCCGGUCGCAUCCUUCAGCGUUUCCCACUCUCGGAACACGCUGUUUGCGACGGUGGGCGUGAAGGCUUGGUCAAUUUCACCUCUGACGCGCGUGGCGAUCCACAAGUUGUGUAUGGCGCCCGCGCUCCUUUCGCGCACCCUUGACCCUUUCCUUGGAGUCUUCACUGGAGUGUUCGCUUACUAUCUGCACGAGACAAAUCCCCGUUCUGCCGUUCCUCGGGAUGAUAGACUGGUGGAACUUAUGAAGUGGAAGUGGUCAAAACGGAAGCGGGAGCGGGAGAUGCACUUGGCGAAUGAUGACGAUACUGUCUUGACUGCAGUCAGUGCAAAUCUCGAGAAGGAAUGA